UAAGAAAGAAGAAGUAUAGAGAAAGCGAAGGAGAAGCGGAGAGUGGGCGGGGGGGAGGGGGGGUUGCAGUUGAGUUGAGUUGAGUGUGCGUGGCGGCACACGGUAGCGUUGGGCGUGUUAUUCUGCGCCGCUUCCUGGGUUGGGUUUGGCUUGGGAUUCAUGGAUUGGAUUAUUCCUCUUCUCUCUCAGGUCGCUUCGUUCCCACGGCAGCUUUUUUCACUUUGAUAAUUGUCGCUCCACACUGAGGCAAAAGAUCGAUUCCGAACAACUUUUUCACCAUUUCGCUGCAAUUCGAAUUUUUGCCUCAGCAUCAUCAUCAUCAGAACCAGCCUUUUUUUCUCUCUCCAAUUUCUCCAUUAUUCUCAACUCUGGCGGACCUCAAAGGAACCAUAGCUUUCCUCCGAUUAUCGCUCUCGGCGACUCUGCAAGACCGAUUCGACUUCAAGUCCAAGAAGAAGAAGAAGAGAGGAGGCGUUUACGAGGUCAAAAUGCUCUGGAUUAAGAGGUUUUCCGGUCUCGUCUCCGCCGCAAUGGUCUUGAUCGUUCUAUCGCCGUCGCUCCAAUCGUUCCCCCCCGCCGAAGCCAUCCGAUCGUCGCACCACGACUCCAAUCUCCGCCUACAUGUCCCUGCCGGCGUCGGCGUUUCUCUCAACAGGUUUUCCUUUCGAAAGGCGCCGACUUUCCGCAAUGCCGAUGAAUGCCGCUCUGGCGAGUCCGGAAUUCCGGCGGGAAUCAGCGUCUGCGAUCCUAAUUUGGUCCAUGUGGCGAUUACGCUUGAUGUGGAGUACCUCCGGGGGUCAAUCGCCGCCGUCCAUUCGAUUCUCCACCACUCGCUCUGUCCGGAGAGUGUGUUCUUCCACUUCCUGGUCUCCGAGAACAAUCUGGAAUCCCUAGUGCGAUCCACCUUCCCUAAGUUGAACUUCAAGGUGUACUACUUCGAUCCGGAGAUUGUACGGAGUCUGAUCUCGACGUCGGUGAGGCAAGCCCUAGAGCAGCCGCUCAAUUACGCGAGGAAUUACUUGGCCGAUCUCCUGGAGCCCUGCGUUAGCAGAAUAAUCUACUUAGAUUCCGAUCUGGUUGUUGUCGACGACAUCUUCAAGCUCUGGACCACGAGGCUAGGUUCGAGAACAAUCGGAGCCCCGGAGUACUGCCACGCCAACUUCACAAAGUACUUCACGGCGAGUUUCUGGUCGAACCAGCAGUUCUCGUCGGCGUUCGCCGGGCGGCGGCCGUGCUACUUCAACACCGGCGUGAUGGUGAUAGAUCUGGAGAAGUGGAGGCGGAACGGGUACACGAAGCGGAUCGAGAGGUGGAUGGAGAUCCAGAAGAGCGACCGAAUCUACGAGCUCGGGUCGCUUCCGCCGUUCCUUUUGGUCUUCGCGGGACACGUGGCUCCCAUCGAGCACCGGUGGAACCAGCACGGCCUCGGCGGAGAUAACGUCAGGGGAAGCUGCCGCGACCUCCAUCCCGGUCCGGUUAGCCUCCUGCAUUGGUCCGGUAGCGGCAAGCCAUGGCUCCGGUUGGACUCCAAGCGGCCUUGCCCACUCGACGCUCUCUGGGCACCAUACGACUUGUACGGACAUUCUCACUGAACGACGAUAGGGAUUAUUGGGGUCUUCGUCGACGGUAAAUUCCCUCCAGGACUGUUUUGUCACUUAUUUUGUUCUUUUAUUUCUCGUCAAUUCGCCAUUUUUUUCCCUCCAUCCUCUCCAUUAUUUU